AUGAUGUUCGAUGGUUUUUCCUCCGUGAUUCCGCGUACAACGUUGCUUUCAAAUCAUCCCACAAAUGAUUAUCCCAAUGUUCCUGUGAAUCUUCUAUCCAUUCUCGAACGACUUUCUACUUUCCCGACCGAAGAAAGCGAGUUAAAUGCUUGGUGGGUGGCGGAGUUCUCGGCAAAACCACCGAAACCCAAAGCAUCCAAAAAGUCAUCUAUCAAUGCCGAAAUGUCAUCGGACGAUGAAGCGUCACCAAAGACUGGGGAAGAAGAAGAAAAUGACGAUUGGCGGAAGUUCUUCGAAGAUGAGCCAUUGGCGGUGGAUGGCAAGAAGGGUUCCGGUCAGCGUUUGCAUAUGAUGACUAUACAUCAGUCCUUGCAUUCGCUGUCUUCACACCGCGCUGUAUUUACGCGAGCAUGGCUCACACUGUUACCUCGCCUGGCUGUUCCUGGGAACAUUGAAAAAAACAAGGCUUUGGCCACUAGAGCUUUAAACCUUAUGCAUCGCAGCGUUAUGCCACACUUGACAAGACCUGUGCUAGUUAUGGAUUGGAUCGGCGCCUGUGUGGACAUUGGGGGAUCCGUUGGUCUCCUAGCAUUGAACGCACUGUUUGUGCUUAUUAAAGAAUAUAACCUCGAUUAUCCAUCAUUUUAUACUCGACUAUAUGCAUUUCUUGAUCGCGAUGUUCUGCAUCUUAAGCACCGCUCCCGUUUUUUUAGGCUGACGGAACUAUUCCUGAGCUCAACCCAUCUUCCUUCUGCUUUGCUAGCAUCUUUUGUGAAAAAAUUGUCUCGCUUGUCAAUCACUGCGCCUCCAGCUGCGAUAGUCAUGGUGAUACCAUUUACGUACAAUAUGCUCAAGAAACAUCCCGCUUUGAUGGUGAUGAUUCAUCGAGCCGAUGUUGACGAUUCUAAUGAUCCCUUCUUGCCGGAUGAAACGAAUCCUAUGCUGACCAAUGCCCUCAGCAGCUCUUUAUGGGAACUGAUAUCCCACAGCUCACAUUAUCACGCCCCCGUGUCGACUAUGUGUAAGAUUUUCUCCGAAGCUUUCACAAAACCCGGUUAUACAAUGGAAGACUUUUUGGAUCACACAUAUAACACCUUGUUUGAGACUGAGAUUAAUAGAAAAAUCAAACGAGAGCCAGCUUUAGCAAUGGAAACUAGUAGCAAGGUUUUUGGAGGAGAAGAGAAUGAAUUGCAAGAUUCAGAGGAAGACCGACUCGCGGGAAAUGCACAACGGGACUUCGUAAACGAGCUUUGGGUAUUUUAA